AUGCCGCAUACCGGAGUCUACUUCAUCCCCUCCAGUCCCAGUGCACCGCACAUCCUGGGCCCUCUCACAGAGCGCCUGCGAUCCGUGUACGGCGACCAAGCCAUCCCAAUUGGACGCUGGGGACUAGAGCACAAACUCAUGAGAGACACGCCCUCCUGUCUCCCCGCAUCAGCUCACGCGCCCAAUCCAGCACCCUCAAAAGCGCGCUAUGUGCAGUUCUUGUCGAUGACCAACUAUCCCAAACUGGGCUUCAUAUAUGCCUCUGAGGAUGACAACGACGGCAAUGAUCCUGUAGCACAGCAGCAAACUGCCUCUGGCAUGAUCAUGUCUACUGUACCAAUCCCCUCAGCGGCGGAGAUAUUUCGCCAUUUCGUGCGCAACUGCGAGCCUAUUUGGUGCCAUCGACACACGGUCACGGUAACCGGCACGGUGUACGAUGUCGGUGACUUUCGGGUGCGAUUGGGAGAACUGCGGCAGAUGCAGCCUCAGGCGAGAGUGAGAGGUACGAUUAUGGAGAUUGAAUGGCGAGGACCGUCGGUUAUCACGGCUGCGUUGUCAUCGACUUUUCUAAACAGCCACAAGGCUAAGAAUGAUCCCGAUAACGACCUCGCACCAAUUGCAGAUACGAUGGACAUCGACGCCAAAAUAGAAGAAGCAGCAGAAGAAACACCCUACAUCCCCACCGAAGCCGAAAUCAACACCGAAUACACCCAAAUCGCACAGCUCAUCCGCGACUUCUGGGCCCAUCUCGCCAUCACCCAGCACAUCAUCGCAGACACAAAACAGCAAGCGGCAAUCCGCGAAUCCAUCCUGGUAGCUGACGUGGGCCGCGAGGUGAAAAUCAAACUGAGUCAGCGACGGUCUCCCGCAGAAGGGGGAGUCAAGUGGCAGGAGCGCGAGAUUAGACGCCGGCAGAAACGACGCGAGGCGAUUGCGCUGGAUAGAAGUUGGGGUGGUGGUAGUGGCAUGUCGCAACAGCAGCUACAGGAAGAUGAGGAAGAGGAGUUGGAGGGAGGCGUUGAUCUUGCCAGACAGUAUAUGGAACUUUUCCGGUUUAGUCGGUAG